AAGUUGUACUUUUUGCUUCGGUAUUCCUUUUUUUUUAAACUCAAAAAAGAAAAAUACAAAUGAUAAAAUAAUAACGUAAAACUAAAAAUCCACGAAAGAGAGGAAGCAAGGCACGCAGCAGUCAACAACGUAGAAAUUCUCCCUCCAAAACUCAUUUUCUGUCUGUUCAUCAAAUUUCCACAAUAAAAAACUUUCUUUUUUUAUUUAAAGGCAGCUUCCUUUCUUCAACCUUCCUCUCUCCAACUUUCUCUCUCCUUCUUCGUUUAACUCUUCUUCUUCUUUCGUUUGUUGGUACAAUGCCACAGGGCAAUUUAGAAACCCUUGUUUCGGCCUGCGCCGGUGCUUCUUGCGAUAACAAAAUCGUCUGCGAGACUUUAGCUACCACCCAAAACGAUCCAGACGACCACCUCCACACGGCUGACACAUCUCUCGACGAUGAAAUCCCGGCCGAUUUCCCGCCUGAAUCCUUUUGGUUAUCCAAAGACUCCGAGUUCGACUGGUUCGAUCGCAAUGCUUUUUACCAACGGAAAGAGUCGCAUAAAGGAAACUCAGCUCCCAACUCUACCAAUCUUAAUCCUAAUUUGAACCCCGACUUCAAUUCUCAACGCUUUUCUGUGAGAAAGCCUAGAGCUUCCAUCAUCGGAUUGCCCAAACCGCAGAAAUCUUGCUUUGCUGAGACCAACAACAGGAAGAAUACUAAGCCUGCAACUACAAGAUUGUUUCCUAAACGAUCCGGUUCCGUUAAAACCGAUCCUCCAGUUGUUGAACCGUCUUCGCCUAAGGUCUCUUGUAUGGGAAGAGUGAAAUCGAGGAGAGACCGGAAUCGCUCGCUGAGAAAGAACCGCCAAAAAUCCGCCGAAGCCGAAACAGUUAAAGAGAAAACGGCAAGAAGAAGCAGAAGCGGUUGCUUUCCAAAUUUUUGUGCUAUUUUUGGGUCCACUGAAAAAGCACGUGAACCACGCAGUCUGCCUCCAGAAGCGCCUUCGCCGCCGAGGAACAGCGACAUUAGGUGUCGCUUGCCGCCAGAUGGUCGUGAAGCAAUAUCGAUGGAGCCUGAAAUUACGGAGACUGAGCCGGUCAGUCUAGGAGGAAUGAAGCGGUUCGCAUCUGGUAGAAGAUCGGAGCCGUUAAUCUAAGCAGUGUUGGAAAAGGUUCUGUUAGUGGUGGGGCCAUAGCUAAGGCGUGGUCUACGGUGGCAGUUUGGGGAGGUAAAAACAAGCACAAUUUUCCAAUGUCUACUCUUGUCUUUUUCUUUUUAAUUUUAGAUGUGGCAACAGUUUGUAAAUAACAAGUGAUUUAAAAUUUUGGAAUACAUAGUUUGUAAAAGUUUUCGUUUAAUAAGAAAUUAAAAA